UUUUUCAAUAAGUCUGCGAGUCACAAGGUCACACACGAUCUACCGUUACAUAAAUCGUCUUGUGAAAUUUACCGCAUAUCGAUGUGCCGUGGAAAAGAAUUAACGGAGGGUCAAAAAGGAGGUAUUAUUACAGCAAAGAAACUUGGACAUACGCCUAGUGAGAUUUCUAGAGUCAUAGGUUGUUCUCGUUCUUCAGUAUUACGAGUAUUGGCAACACAUGAGUCCCAAGAAUCUCCUAAGCAACGGACAGGUCGUCCACGAAUCCUUAAUGAAUCCGAACGCAAAAAACUCAAGUUUUCAAUAACCAAAAACAAAAAUACCCGCCGACAAACCCUUUCUCAAAUACGUUUAAACUUUAUAAACAAUAAUAUAAAUAUUUCUACACGAACUAUUCGUAAAGAAUUAGCUAAGGAAAACAUUCACUCUCGCAUUCAACGUCAUAAGCCACUAAUUUCCGAAAUCAAUAAAACCAAACGUUUGUCUUGGGCAAUUGCUCACGAACACUGGACAGUAGAAGACUUUAAAAACAUUGUUUGGUCGGAUGAGUCUACCUAUACACAAUUUCGAACUUCAGGUUUUGGGCAUGUUUUCCGGGAACCUUCAGAGGAAUUUCACGAAGAUUGCAUUGCGGCUACGGUUAGGCGUAGUGCAGGUCGCAUGUUUUGGGGAUGUUUUUCUUGGAUUGGUUUGGGUCCGCUAGUUCCGUUGGUUGGUCGUGUCACUGCUGUUACACAUUGUGAAAUUCUUAGAAAUUAUGCUAUUCCUACGGAUAACGCGCCUGUUCACACCGCGAAAAAAGCACGUUCCUUUCUCACCUCCUCAAACAUAGAGCUGCUUCCCUGGCCGGCCCAAAGUCCCGACCUUAACCCCAUUGAGAAUAUUUGGUCGUUUAUUGAGGUUAAGAUUCGUCAACAUGAUACACAGCCCUCAAGCAUUGUGCAAUUGGAAAG